AGUUGAUCUUUCCUUGCCCCUUCCUUCCCUCCUUCUCUCUCUCAUUUUCGCAGCUUAAAUACUUGUCAUUUUGCAACCACAAACAUUUCCCUCCUCAAAAUUUCUUCUUCUCCUCAUUAUUUUCCCCAGAUUUUGAUUCUGGCUCAUUUGCUUUCUGGUUUUCUGAACAACUCCUCUCUCGACUUUCUGCAGCUGUAACUUUCAUUUGAGAGCAAGUCAUCAAUUUUCUUCUUCUUUCUCAUAGAUUUUUACUAGAACCUUCUUCUUUCUGGGAUUUUUCCUUUUUAGCGCUUUUGGGACGAUUUUCCCUGGCCCCAAACAGGGGCAGAUCAUCAUUACAAUGGUUCUCAAGGGCUGUUUCAUUCUUAUUAUCCUUAUAUUAAAUUUAUUUUCUGUGGAAGUCGUUUCUGGAAAUCUUGAUAAGAAUGGCUCUUCUCUAGCCGCCAUUAAAUUACCUGACCACCCAAGCUUUGAAACCAUUUCGUCUUCAAAUUCUGGGUGUGCCUUCUCCAACCAGGAAAAUUUUGGUCAUUCAGAAGACGACGAAGAAGAUGAUGGGAAGGUUUUUCAUUCACUGAAUCCAAACAUGGAAUCAGUGAAACUCCAUUUGAGGCACCAAUCUAGAAGCAAACACGCAGAGCCCAAAAAGUCUCUAGUUGAUUCUACAGCGAGGGACUUGAUCAGAAUCCAGACAGUUCACAAAAGAGUCACGGAGAAGAAGAACCAGAACAGCCUCUCACGGCUGCAGAAAUCCCAGAACCAACCACAACAACCCCAAAACCCGGUGGAGAUGGCGGCAGCUUCACCACCGGAGUAUAUUUCAAGUGGGUAUUCCAACCAGAUGGUGGCAACAUUGGGAUCAGGAGUAACAUUCGGCUCUGGAGAAUACUUCAUUGAUGUUUUUAUUGGUACACCUCCUAAACACUUUUCUCUCAUACUUGACACUGGCAGUGACCUUAAUUGGAUCCAGUGUGUACCUUGCUAUGCAUGUUUUGAUCAAAAUGGGCCUCACUAUGACCCUAAAGAUUCAGCUUCUUUCAAGAACAUAAACUGUCAUGACCCUAGGUGUGAACUAGUAUCAUCCCCAGAUCCUCCUCAGCCUUGUAAAGAGAAAAACCAGACAUGUCCUUAUUUUUACUGGUAUGGAGAUAGUUCAAACACAACUGGUGAUUUUGGAUCAGAGACUUUCACUGUGAAUCUCACAAGUCCUAAUGGCAAAUCAGAACUGAAGCUUGUGGAGGAUGUGAUGUUUGGUUGUGGCCAUUGGAAUAGAGGACUGUUUCAUGGUGCUGCCGGGUUAUUAGGACUGGGAAGAGGGCCAUUGUCUUUUGCUUCUCAGCUUCAAUCACUUUAUGGCCAUUCAUUUUCAUACUGUCUUGUGGACAGAAACAGCGACACAAAUGUCACAAGCAAGUUGAUUUUUGGGGAGGAUAAGGAUCUUCUGGGACACCCAGGUUUGAAUUUCACAUCUUUUGUGGGCGGCAAAGAGAACCCAGUUGAUACAUUUUACUAUGUACAGAUAAAAUCAUUGAUGGUUGGUGGUGAGAUUCUGAAGGAGAUACCAGAAGAGACAUGGGCUUUAUCUCCAGAAGGUUCUGGGGGGACAAUCAUUGAUUCUGGAACAACACUGAGUUAUUUUGCAGAGCCUGCAUAUCAGAUUGUAAAGGAGGCUUUUGAGAAGAAGAUUAAGGGGUACCCUAAGGUUGAAGGAUUCCCUCCUUUAGGGCCAUGCUAUAAUGUAUCUGGGUUGGAGAAACUGGAGAUUCCUGAUUUUGGAAUCUUGUUUGCUGAUGGGGCUGUGUGGAAUUUCCCAGUGGAGAAUUACUUCAUACAGAUUGAACCAGAAAGUGUUGUGUGUUUGGCUAUUUUGGGGACUCCCAGGAAUGGGCUUUCCAUAAUUGGGAAUUAUCAGCAGCAGAAUUUUCACAUACUGUAUGAUACCAAGAAAUCCAGGCUUGGGUAUGCACCAAUGAACUGUGCUGAUUUAUAGAAGAAUAAAGCUGUAAACACAGCAAUUCAAAGGGUAGAUUCUUUUUUUUUUUUUUUUUGGGGUUAAAACAAUUGAUUUUGUUUAAGUUGGUAUACUUACAGAUUAUAUAGAAGAUGUAAGGAUUUUCUUGAUUGAUUGUAAAAUUUUUGUAUAGUUCAAUGAGAAAGUAAUGCAAAGUUUCCAACUUUUUAUCUU